UUAGUGGUCCAUGUUGGUCCAUGUUGGGAUGAAACCUGAGGAGCACCAGGACCCGGCAGAGCCCUCUCGCCGGAGGAGGCUGCUAGUUAAAUGCGACAUGAAUCUGUAUGGCCAGCAGCUUUCCAGCUUGUUGCGAAAACGGAUGUUCCAGCUUUGACAGGCCCAUGUCUGAGAGCAGCCAGACAGACGGUCACAUUUCAGGAGAAAGUCAGUCAUACUUGGCAAAUCAAGAUGGAGUGCGAGUGGAAGCCAGAUGAGCAAGGACUCCAACAAAUUUUACAGCUUUUGAAAGAGUCACAGUCGCCAGAUACGUCCACUCAGAGAUCCGUCCAGCAAAGACUUGAGCAGCUCAACCAGUAUCCAGACUUUAACAACUAUUUGAUAUUUGUUCUCACAAAGUUGAAAUCAGAAGAUGAGCCAACUCGAUCCCUGAGUGGGCUGAUACUGAAGAACAAUGUGAAAGCCCACUAUCAGAACUUCCCCAAUGGUGUGUCUGACUUCAUCAAGAGUGAGUGUCUCCAAAACAUCGGAGACUCUUCUCCCCUUAUCCGGGCCACUGUGGGUAUCCUCAUCACCACUAUCGCCUCCAAGGGAGAGCUACAAAACUGGCCAGAGCUUCUGCCGAAACUCUGCCUGUUGCUCGACUCAGAGGACUACAACACCUGCGAGGGAGCAUUUGGGGCCCUGCAGAAGAUCUGUGAGGACUCUGCUGAGAUCCUGGACAGUGACAUGCUGGAUCGUCCUCUUAACAUCAUGAUCCCAAAGUUUCUGCAGUUUUUCAAGCACAGCAGCCCCAAGAUUAGGUCUCAUGCCAUCGCCUGCGUCAAUCAGUUCAUCAUCAGCAGGACUCAGGCUCUGAUGCUGCACAUCGAUCCCUUCAUUGAGAACCUGUUUGCGCUGGCGGCAGACGAGGAGCCCGAGGUGAGGAAGAAUGUGUGCAGAGCUCUGGUCAUGCUGCUGGAGGUCCGCAUGGACCGUCUCCUGCCACAUAUGCACAACAUCAUAGAGUACAUGCUGCAGAGGACUCAGGACCAAGAUGAGAACGUGGCUCUGGAAGCCUGUGAGUUCUGGCUCACUCUGGCAGAGCAGCCGGUGUGUAAGGAUGUGCUGUGUGGACACCUCUCCCAGCUCACUCCGGUGCUUGUGAACGGGAUGAAGUACUCUGAGAUUGACAUUAUUCUGCUCAAGGGUGACAUUGAAGAAGAUGAGGCCAUCCCUGACAACGAGCAAGACAUCAGACCACGCUUUCAUCGCUCGCGCACAGUUGCCCAGCAGCAUGAGGGAGAUGGGAUUGAGGAUGAGGAAGACGAUGACGAUGACGAACUGGAUGAUGAUGACACUAUCUCUGACUGGAACCUACGUAAGUGUUCAGCCGCAGCGUUGGAUGUGCUGGCCAACGUGUUCAGGGAUGACCUGUUGCUGCACAUUCUGCCUCUACUCAAAGAGCUCCUUUUCCAUCCGGAGUGGGUAAUUAAGGAGUCCGGCAUCCUGGUUCUGGGAGCUAUCGCUGAGGGCUGCAUGCAGGGCAUGAUCCCUUACCUGCCCGAGCUUAUUCCCCAUCUCAUCCAGUGUCUGUCAGACAAGAAGGCCCUGGUGCGUUCCAUCACCUGCUGGACCCUUAGCCGCUAUGCCCACUGGGUUGUCAGCCAGCCCCCGGAUAUCCACCUGAAACCCCUCAUGACAGAGCUGCUUAAACGCAUUCUGGACAGCAACAAACGUGUGCAGGAGGCUGCGUGCAGUGCCUUUGCCACUUUGGAGGAGGAGGCGUGUACAGAGCUUGUGCCCUACCUGGCAUACAUUCUGGACACACUGGUGUUUGCUUUCAGCAAGUAUCAGCACAAAAAUCUACUUAUUCUCUACGAUGCCAUAGGAACACUUGCAGACUCCGUGGGUCACCAUCUCAAUAAACCGGAAUACAUCCAGAUGUUGAUGCCCCCGCUAAUCCAGAAAUGGAACCAACUCAAGGAUGAAGACAAGGAUCUCUUCCCUUUGCUAGAAUGCCUGUCAUCUGUAGCCACUGCCCUGCAGAGUGGCUUCCUGCCCUACUGUGAGCCUGUAUACCAGCGCUGUGUCAACCUAGUCCAGAAGACCCUUGCUCAGGCCAUGCUUCAUCAGUCUCAACCGGACCAGUACGAGGCCCCUGACAAGGACUUCAUGAUCGUGGCUUUAGAUCUCCUUAGUGGACUGGCCGAGGGUUUGGGAGGCAACAUUGAGCAGCUGGUUGCUCGCAGCAACAUCCUGACUCUCAUGUACCAGUGCAUGCAGGAUAAAAUGCCAGAGGUGCGUCAGAGUUCCUUUGCUCUGCUUGGGGAUCUGACGAAGGCUUGCUUCCAGCAUGUCAAGCCAUGUGUUGCUGAUUUUAUGCCCAUUCUGGGUACUAAUUUAAACCCAGAGCUAAUAUCAGUGUGCAACAAUGCAACAUGGGCAAUCGGAGAAAUAUCUAUACAAAUGGGGCCUGAAAUGCAGCCUUACAUUGCCAUGGUGCUGCACCAGCUGGUGGAAAUCAUUAACAGGCCCAACACCCCAAAGACUCUGCUGGAGAACACAGCAAUAACAAUUGGUCGUCUUGGUUACGUUUGUCCUCAAGAGGUGGCACCCAUGCUACAGCAGUUUAUAAGACCCUGGUGCACCUCUCUUCGAAAUAUAAGAGACAAUGAGGAGAAAGACUCUGCUUUCCGAGGCAUUUGCACUAUGAUCAGUGUAAAUCCUGGAGGUGUAGUGCAGGAUUUCAUAUUCUUCUGUGAUGCAGUGGCCUCCUGGGUAAAUCCAAAGGAUGAUCUACGUGACAUGUUCUACAAGAUCCUUCAUGGGUUUAAGGACCAGGUGGGAGAGGAGAACUGGAGGCGCUUCUCAGAUCAGUUCCCCAUGCCUCUCAAGGAACGGCUGGCAACCUUUUAUGGGGUGUAAUUGUUUCCAUGGCAACGGGCCUCUUUGUUGGGGUCACUCACUAUGGGAGACAAUAUAGGGAACCUCUUUUACCCAGGGAACAUGUUACCCUUUACUGCGGGGAAGGGUCUGCCAGCCGGGGGGAGGGACGGGGUGUGGACCCCUCCCUGACCUUGUGGACGGGGUGGGAGGGAGAUGGUAGCCACAGCGCUCGAUGCCCCCAUGCACAGGCCGGGGGGAAGGGACUGGCGGAACAAUCUUAUCAUGGGAGGAAAAAUUAUUUUAAUCACUUAACAUCUGGAUCACAAAUUAUAUAUGUUUUUCUUUUUUUCUCUUUCCUUUUGUUUUGUAUUACAAAAAAUGUGAUUUGCUCUCACCUGAGCUACUGAGAGGAAAUUGAAACAGGAAAUGAAGACAAAUGAAGAGGUAAAAUUUUGAGUUUACUCAUACAGAAAGGUUAUUGCAAGAAAUUGUCUUAAUAGAAGACAUGCAUUUUAAUCACUUUAUGUCAGGCGAUACUCCAGAUGAGAUAAAUUAGGAUUGAAUUCUACCAGGGAAGUAACAGAUGGUUCUAAAAUCAGGACAUAGCAUGGAAAAUGAGGAGCUAGGCCCAAUAUGAGAUAUUUUUGUCUUCAGAUUCAAGGCUAGCUUUUAGCUAAGGCAUAGGAGCUGGUGAUAAUACAUUAUAUUGGAUCUGACCUUGGAGAAAAUACAUUGCCAUGCUACAUAUCACAAAAAGACUACCUUGUCAUCUUUAUAGGUAUCAGUCACAUACUUCCAGUGAUGUGAAGUGUUCAUAUUCUUAGGCAGGGCAAAGGCUUUUCAGCGUCGCUGGAGAGCACAAGAUUUUGUUUUAAUUAAGAGCAACUUGUCUGGGAAUAGGUAGCAUGCUUGCAUUAAAGUGGGAAGCUGUAGAACAUUAGUGAUGUGUGUUGCAUUUGAUAGCUGUCAUUGCCCUGAGAUGAGGUUCUUCUUAGACCUUGUAGUUUAAAAAUCACUUUAAUUUGUCUUGGUCCUCAACCAGAAAAUUACAGUGGUCAACUGUUUUGUAGCAUGACUGGGUAUACAAACAGAAAUCAGGCAAUACGUAACGUCUUGGCUGUGACUCUUAAAGACGGGCGAGGCGCGUGCAGAUCAGUUUGUGGCUCUGGAGUGAAUCUCUAAAUUUGGUAAUGUGCUGUGAAUGCACCGACAUUCAUCAGCAAGCAUAUCAAUGCUCCAGAUGCUGACAAGGCUUUAUAUUGUCUGAGUAAAGCUGGGGGAAUAGUGCGCAGGUUAGCAUCCUGUGUAGACGUCAUCCUUUUUUCUUUUUAAUUUUAUUUUUUCCCUGGACUAUACGAGACAAAUCCUGUCUUUGGUGAUGUUUGUGACUUUGGCUGUCGGAACCAUACAAAACAUCGAAUCAAUGUUAAAUAUGUUUCUUUUUCAAUGUACUGAGGUUUUGUUACUGGUUGUUUCGCUUUUUGUGCUAAAAGCAUGAUCUUGAGGAUGACUGUAAUGUUUUGGAGUGAUUGUGUUUCGUGGGGUACUUGAAUGCUUGAUCCCUUGCAUGUUGGUGGCCCCUCACAGCCCAAUAUAUUUUGGGAAGGGGAUCAUGGGGGAGGGGGGCUUCAAUUACACUUUAAAGUUAAAGAUUUACAUAGCGACACUGGGAUUUCUUUUCUGAACUUCACUCAAACCUGCUGGAGCGUUCUCCCCGACUUUUACCCUGUAUGUGUUGUUUUAAAAUACUGUGAAACUGCAACAAUGUUCUGGUUUUAGUUUGUUUUGCUUUGCUCUGUUCUUAUGUAUUUUUAAGUGUUGAAGUGUAUAAAGUCACAGAUAGCCUGAAUGUAUUCCAUGAUGAGGUGGAGUGGUAGCAAGUUUUUUUUUCUUCUAAAUGCCUAAACACAUCAUCUUUCCUCUGCUGGCCAGAGUAAUAAUUAUAGUAUUUAACCCCUUAAAAUGCACAUACCAUGCACUUAUUUAAAUUGCAAAUGUACUAAAUUAAUGUUGUAGCCACAUCCUGAGGCAAUAUGAGCUUAAUGUUAACACCAACCAUUAACAAAGUAUUGCUGUUAGACUUUCCUCACAUAAUGCAAUAAGUAUCUUAAUACAGUUAGGUUGCUAGAUUGUACAAAUGACAAGUCUUAUUAAUCUGAGAUAUUUCAUGUUAUGAAUAGUGUAGUUUUCUUAUCAGAUCUAAGCAAAAUAAACAUUUGAAGUUGAAAGUGGUGAAUACUGGAUAUAAUGCAUCAUGGAAUACAGAGGCAUGUGUGCGUGCACAUGCGCUUGUUUGUGCCACAUCAUUUUGUGUCCUGAAGUUGAAAUGAUUUUGUCUGUGUCACAUUCCAGAUGUUCGGCGUGCAAAAAAAAAAAAAAAAACUUAAGAGUUGUAGCUCGACGGGGUUUUUUUAAUACACAGCCCUGUCAUCCUUUAUUUGGAAAAGCGUAAGCCUAAACACAGAAUGAAACAAUCACCAUUACUGUGCUGUAUCUCUGAAUUGACUGCUGCUAUACAUUGUAGUUGUUUCACUACUUGAAUAUGUGUUUUAGUAACCUCAGGUCGUCUUUGUUUAAUGUUGUCCCAAUUUGUUGAUCUUUUUUCCAUAUGUAUGCCUUUUUCCAUCUCUUUUAACGGAUGAGAAUAGCAAACCUCUCCUGCUUCAUAACCGGAAAUGGGUAUCAGUGGGUGUUGUUAAUUGACAUUAGUGUUUUUAUGUGUGUGCAACGCUGCUAGUUCACAAAUGUGAUGCUGUAAUUACAUACACAGGAUUAUAAGGCAGAGGAGGAGAAUCAAUUGGAAAUGGUAACUUGCACAUAUUUUAUGUAUUUUUUGUCAAGUGUGAUUGUAAGCAAAUUUUAGUAGAUGUAUAGUCCAGUGUACACAAUGCCUUGAGAGCAACUACUUUAAGAGGUUCUGUUGGUGUUUUGCAAUAGAUAUAUAUUUGAAGUAAAAGGAGAAAAAAAGCAUUAAUAGGUUGACAGCUUGGUAUAAAUGAAUAACAAUGUUUCCAAAUUGAAGUUUGACUGAUAUUUUGAACAUUUCUAUGAAGCUUUAUUGAAAAUUUGUCUUUUCUAAAGCAUCCACCAAUACAAUGGAAUGUGUAGACAAACGACUCCUCCUGUACUCUGAUUUCCAUUUAGUCUUGAAACUUGAUUAGACUUUCUGCCUUCAUCAUUUUCGCUAUUAUUAGAAGAAGAAAAAAAAACAUCAUUUUGAUAGACAUGGUUUGAUUUUUUUUUUCCUCCAUUUUUUUAUAAGCUGCUGAAUUUUAAAGAAGUAAUACUAAUGGGGCCACCAAAUAUUUUGGAUCAUGCAAAGAGUCUAUAUUGUACUGUAGUAAUUUUGUAACAAUAUUUGUAAGAUGAUGUAGUGGGUGUGACUGGUUACCAUUGCUUGAAACUGUACAUUGUCAGAAUAAAUUGUUUACACUAA